GAGUUCAAAUUUUCAACCGUACCAGUUGAGUCCCGACGCGGUUGUGAGGCGCUGGACUCGUAGAGCUGGUGCAAGCUGAAACUGGGAAAGUAGCGUGAAGGUUCUUCAUGAGAAGUGUCUGCAAGAAUUCAAGAGACUUGAGAACUUGAUUGUGGCUUUGAGCAAGGUUGUAAGAGAGGUGGACUCAAGACAAAUUGGAUCAGAAGACAAUCUAUUGAGGAGAGUAUUAGAACCCUGGAAAAAGCUUGUUCUUCUGCACUAAGUUGGGGCAAUGUCACAAGUCCCGACUACUUACUCUUUUGAUGCCCCCACCGACUUUAUCAAUUUUUCAUCUUUGGAUGCUGAAGAGGAUUCUGAAAAUAUAGACUCAUGGUUUGAUGAGAAGGCCAACUUGGAGAACAAGUUUCUUCGCCAGAAUGGAAUAGGAGAACCUUUUCAGGGGAAGACUUCCUUAAGAAAAGCCAAACUUCAACAAGGCUGUGUCACACCGUUGAAGGCAGUUGACAACACUUACUACAAAGAAACAGAAAAGGAAAGUCUUCAGAAACAGUCUAUCCCAUCAAAUGAUUGUUCUUCCCUGAAUGCUAAGAGUGCUGUAUCAGGAAAUACUCCUGUCCAGCCUCAGAGAAGAUCUAUUAGACUCUCUGCUCAGAAGGAUUUGGAACAGAAAGAGAAAAACCAUGUUGCCUCUAUUGAAAUGAAAGCCAAGAGAUGCGUUGCUCCUGCUGCUGAUUGUCCCCCCCAGAAAAGAAUGAAAGUUUCUCAUAAAAAAAAACUGGAGGAAGAGGAGGAAGGCAGUGUUCCAGCUACUUCAAGAAAGGAUGAAAGAGAAACCCUGGAGAAAGCCAAGGGCAAACACACUGCGCCAGGCGUGCCACCUGCAAGGGAGAAGGUUCUAAAGAGUACUGAGGAGCAGGAGAUAGAGAAAAGACUGAGAAUGCAGCAGGAAGUGGUGGAGAUGCGGAGGAAGAACGAAGAGUUCAAGAAGCUCGCUCUCGCAGGACCAGGGCAACCCGUGAAGAAGUCCACAAGCCAGGUUACCAAGACAGUUGACUUUCACUUCCUCACAGAUGAGCGAAUCAAGCAACAUCCCAAGAACCAGGAAGAGUAUAAGGAAGUGAACUUCAUGUCUGAACUUCGGAAGCAUUCUUCCACACCUGCCCGAGGGACCAGAGGAUGCACUAUCAUUAAGCCUUUCAACCUGUCCAAAGGGAAGAAGAGAACAUUUGAUGAAGCAGCUUCUACAUAUGUGCCCAUUGCACAGCAGGUUGAAGCCUUCCACAAACGAACCCCCAAUAGGUACCAUCUGAGGAACAAGAAGGACGAGAGCUUGUUACCCUCCAAAUCUGUGAACAAGAUUGCACGAGACCCUCAGACCCCCAUACUGCAGACCAAAUAUCGUACAAGGGCUGUGACUUGCAAAAGUGCAGCAGAGCAGGAGGCCGAGGAGCUGGAGAAACUGCAACAAUACAAAUUCAAAGCACGGGAACUUGAUCCUAGAAUUUUUGAAAGUGGCCCCAUCUUGCCCAAGAGAGUGCCUGUUAAGCCUCCUACUCAGCCUGUUGGUUUUGAUUUGGAAAUUGAGAAACGAAUUCAUGAGCGAGAGUCAAAGAAAAAAUCAGAAGAUGAACAAUUUGAAUUUCAUUCUAGACCUUGCCCUACUAAGAUCUUGGAAGAUGUUGUGGGUGUUCCUGAAAAGAAGGUAAUUCCAGCCACUGUCCCUAAGUCGCCAAUUUUUGCAUUGAAGAACAGGAUCCGAGCGCCCAUCAAGGAAGAGGAAGAGGAGAAACCAGUGGUGAUAAAAGCUCAACCCGUGCCACAUUAUGGGGUGCCGUAUAAGCCCCACAUCCCAGAGGCAAGAAAUGUGGAGGUGUGCCCUUUCUCCUUUGAUACCCGGGACAAAGAACGCCAGUUGCAGAAGGAGAAAAAAAUAAAAGAGAUGCAGAAAGGGGAGGUGCCCAAGUUCAAGGCACUUCCUGUGCCCCAUUUUGACACCAUUAACCUGCCAGAGAAAAAGGUAAAGAACGUGACUCAAGCUGAGCCUUUCUCCCUGGAGACAGACAAGAGAGGCGCUUACAAGGCUGAGCUUUGGAAGCACCAGCUGGAGGAAGAGCAGAAGCUGCAGAAGGACGCAGCUUGCUUCAAGGCUCGUCCAAACACCGUCAUCUUCCAAGAGCCCUUCGUUCCCAAGAAGGAGAAAAAAUCACUGGCUGAGAACCCUUCUGGUUCUCUAGUUCAGGAACCUUUUCAGCUGGCCACCGAGAAGAGAGCCAAAGAGCGGCAGGAGCUGGAGAAGAAAAUGGCUGAAGUAGAGGCCUGGAAACUACAGCAGUUGGAGGAAGUCAGGCAGCAGGAAGAGGAGCAGCAGAAGGAGGAGCUAGCCAGGCUCCGGAAAGAACUGGUGCACAAGGCAAAUCCAAUACGCAAGUAUGCGGCAGUAGAGGUGAAAUCCAGCGAGCUGCCUCUGACUGUGCCGGUGUCUCCUAAGUUCUCCACUCGGUUCCAGUAGAAGCUGCAUCUAUAUCACAGGCAUGGAGAACACGUCUUCAGAUUCACCUGCCAUGUGUGGAAACAUACCUGACAACUAUGGAUGCCAGGUGUUUUGAAGAUGACUCUACACAGCAACUUUGAAGCUAAUGAGACUCCACUCAUUUAGACUUUAAUCAGACUUCUUGUAGUUAUUUCCUUCAGACAUUAGCUGGCCCUUUCCUGUUGGACUUCAUGCUGGCUAGGAUUUCAAGAAUUGGUUUUGGCAUAGUCUACUUUUCACCUAAUCUCCACCUAUUCCCCCUUUAUAUGUGAAUUUUAAGCAUAAAAUAAAGGCAGUCAAGUCCUGGGUUGUGGUUUCAGUCACAGUGUAAAUGAGAAGCAGCCAGUCUAUUGGAUUCCUUCUCUGUUCAAAAUGAGUUUAUAAAGGAGCCCUGUGCUGUGAGGCAGGCAGGGAACCUCUGUAAUGGCUCCCAGGAAGACCUUACAGAGCUGCUGCUGAAGCAUGUCCUUUAUAGUUGGUGCUGACAAUGGAAUGCCACAGCCUACA